GCUGCCACAACAGCAUUUUCUGUUAUUUAAUAAGUCUUUUUGUUCCUUUUUGAACCUGCCUGCGCCCUGGGUCUGUUCCUCCACCAAUCCUCACAUAAAGAGUUGUUAUAUCCAGUGAGAACAUUCAGACAUGUGGAUGAGUACAUUUGCACGUUUUGCCCUUCCCGUGCUACAAAGGAGCACCUCUCCAAUAGCCUGCAAGGCCCUGAGAGCUUGUCGCAGAAUUGAGAAGGCUGGAGUUCCACCGCCCUGUUUUCUGACACCAGUGGGUGUUCGUGGGCACCACACACUUGGCUCUGCCUCUCUCCCCGUGGCUCACCACUCAGUGAGGCAUGUCCGGGCUCUGGACGAAGAGAGGCUUCUGGAGGUGGAGUGGGAGGAUGGAGGCCAAAGUCUGUUCCCUUUCACCUGGCUUAGAGACAACUGCCAGUGYCCACUGUGCACCCUGCAGUCCGCACAGGCCCGUUUACUCUUGCUAACUGAUCUUGAUGUCCACACGGGAGUAAAUGUUGUGGAGGUCACCAAUGACAACAAGGUCUCAGUUGUGUGGCCAGACCAUCACAAUAGUGUCUUUGAUGCUGAUUGGCUGAGAAAACGCUGUUUUUCUACUACUGCCAGGCAAGCAAUGCAGGAGGAGCUCUUUCUCAAUGAGCGGUAUUAUUGGGACGCCAAGCUGCGUAUCCCCACAGCUGAUUAUCAGGAAGUGCUCCACGACGAUAAGGCGGCGCUCGCCUGGCUCCUGGCCCUGCGCCGCGUUGGCAUCGUCUACCUGAAGGGGGCUCCUGCAGAGCAGGGCCAAGUGGCCCGGCUCGCAGAGAGGAUCGGUUAUCUGCGGCUGACGUUUUACGGGCAUACAUGGCAGGUCCAGGACAAACCCAUGGCAAACAAUGUGGCCUACACUUCAGGGAAGCUCAGCCUGCAUACAGACUACCCCGCGUUAAACUUCCCACCUGGAGUGCAGUUUCUGCACUGCAUCAGCCAGGCCAUGGAAGGAGGUGAGAGCGAGGUGGUGGACGGCUUCCACAUGGCCGAGCAGCUGCGCAGAGAAGACCCGGAGGCGUUCAGGACACUCACCUCUCUGCAUGUGGACUUCAUCGACACAGGAACAGACUACUGCGACUUCAUGCUGCAGUCCAAGAACCGCAUCAUCGACGUUGAUGCUCAGGGCCGAGUCACGAGGAUCAACUACAACAAYGCCACCAGAGAUUCUGUGCUGGACCUCCCCCUGCAUCACGUCCAGCCGUUCUACAGAGCGCUGAAGGCCUAUGUGGACAUCAUGAACAGACGGGACAACGUGGUCACCUACAGGAUGGAGCCAGGUGACAUCGUGACCUUCGACAACUGGCGUCUGCUGCACGGGAGGAGGAACUUCAUCAGCAGGUCCGACAGGCUGAGACUCCUGGAAGGAGCCUACCUGGACUGGGACGAGGUCAUGUCUCGUCUCAGGAUUCUGCGCAGGACCGUGCAGGAGGAGGCCAGCUGUGGACACGAGGCCACGUUUAACUAGGCAGCCCCUCCCUGAAGCUGCAGCUCUGUCUGAUCACUGCUGACUCACAGGACAGCUCACACUACAGUCCGACUCUGCUGUGUUCAGUUAGCAACUAAUGUAAAUAACCUCAAAUUAUAUUUUUGAUAGGACAGAAUGAUUUAAAGUUUAUUAGGGGGACAAACAUUUGUAAAUUUUWCAUGUGUACAUUGUGCAACACAGCAAUGCAAAGAGGGCAAAAAGCCUCGUUCUGAUUUUAAGGUGCUUUCAGAUUUUUCUUUUUAACCUAAAGUGUUUUAUAUUUUGACACUUGUCUACAAUUACACUUUUUUCCCUUCUGAUCAUUUCAUGCUGUGAUGAGAUAUUUGGCCUAAGAGUUUGUUUUUACAGAUUCACUUCCUAUUUUCCACAUACAGGAAAAUAUUUGGUUUGAGUUUCCCAGGAGUUCAGGACGUGUCUAAAACCUGCUAUGGCUAAGAGUUGAAGAGAAAACAAGAUGUAAAAGUGUUGUACUUUCUAGCUUAGUGUGUGUUUAUUAAAAAAUUAUAAAAUGAUUUAAAAAACACACCGACAGACACACACACAGAGCUGGACAGAGCGACCCUUUAAAAAGUUUGUUUUCUGGUGAUCAGCACCAACCAAAAGUCCUUCAUGUGCCAUUUUCUUUGAUUAGAUUUUUCUUACAUUGUUCAUUAGUUGAACAUAAUCCCACUCUGGAUUAUAUUGGAAUUAGACCAGUAWAUGUCUAAAGCUGCUAUAGCUAUGCUACCUCUGUUUGUUUGAUCCAUGUUCUGGAMCUGCCUGUUUUCAAAAUCCAGAAAUGUCCUGUCACCACAGCAUGUUCGUUUGAUCUCAUCUACAGAAAUCUAAUGUCUUAUCAAAAACAAUUCUGCCAAUUAAAUUACUUUUAAAACUAAA